AUGCUAAAACAAACUAAAGACCGAAAUUGGGUGAGUUCGAACUCAUCCACACACUUAAGCGCCUUGUACAAAGUCCCACAUAUCCUGUUAGGCAGAUUUAUAAACGCCUGCAGGAGUCAGGAUCGUAUCUCACAAACGCCCCAGGCUUACAGUCUUUAUAAGUUCCAUGAACAAUGCCUAUGGUUGUGUGCAGUUCUCAGUUCUUUAUGGAUUGAGGGUAACUGUGCUACAUGGCCAAAAGUUCACUCGAAGCACUUUUAUAAGGCCGUUCGCCUUUAUAUGCAGCCGCCAGCUGGAUCAAUGAAGCUGAAUUGCGGAGUCAUUCGGACUUACGGUAGGUGUCAUGUAGACCGCAUUAACUUUUCAGAUGAUUUCAAAAAGGCUCGCGAACAUGAGAGGAAGUUCCAGUACACAUCGGACCUGGAGACUUCGGAUGUAACCAGCCUAGUCGAAAGUAAGACUACCGUGUGUGUUGUCAAGACUUCUUUUAGGAAUACCAGAGAACGAAGCCCCUCCCUCCCCAUCAGUCCAUCACCGAAAAAACCAAGGUUGAUGGUGCCACAAUCCCCGCCUUACCCCAGCUUCUUGCAGGCGACACCCCAUGCCUUGUUCCCCUCAACUCCAGAGCGCAUACCCCAGCAUCCCGCACCCGUCCCGUCCACAUCCAACCAGCCCGUAUAUAUGAUGCCGCAGACGGUGCACCGUCUGUUACAUUACACUUUAAACACCGCUCCGGAGAUCCCUAUGUUUCCUGUUUUAUCCCCACUAUCUGCCCCUUUCUUCCAAACCCCAGGAACCGCAGCACUGCUCCAGCAGAACGAACAGCUGCACCGAAAAAUAGACGCAAUGGCGGAAGAUCAUCGAUACCUGAAAAUCCGCAUUGACAACUCCUUGUUACAAGUCUAUAGUUCUUCUGGAACUACCGGCUUUACUUUUCCCCUCCGGAGCAAACGUUCGUGGGACCAACUGGAAAGUAAGCUGCAGAGGUACCACGCCAGAUUGAACUGGUAA